UGCAGGAAGGCCGACCCAGCCCUGCCUUUCCCUGCGGCUGCAAAACCUGUUCCUCCUUACCUGCCCGGGCUGCUUUGGGUGUGGUCUCGGAGGCGCGCACGGUUCUCUGUGGCCAAAGGAGGGGCAUCUUUUCCCCCUUUUCCGGGUUCCUUUUUGUUUUAUUAUUAUUUUCUGCCCACCUCGUCGCUUCUGCCUGCCUUGUGCGCUUUUUUUGGGACGGGAGCUCAGAAUAUCACUGUGUGUCAUGAUGAGGUCUGCCACCACAGAGAUCCUGCUUCUUCUGUUUGCAGCAUUCCCUCUUCUGGAGGCAAAUGAUCCUGAAGAUAAAAACAGCCCCUUCUAUUAUGACUAUGCGUCACUUCGUCUCGGUGGUUUGAUUUUUGCUGGUGUUCUCUGUUUUCUUGGAAUUAUUAUCCUUAUAAGUGGAAAGUGCAAAUGUAAACCUAAGAGGAGAAGCAGUGUCCAGAUCGCCGUGGCACCAAAAUGUUCUCUUCCAGGAGAUGCCAGUGAGUGCUAAGUUGAAAUAACAGCCCGUCACAAGCCUUGCCUUGAGCCUUUGAAAUUGCGAGGAACACAAGCACCUCAGCCGCUUACCCCCUUGUUUUUCUGGGCCCUCGUUCCAGUGCUCUGUUUUUUAAAAAUACAAUAAAAAUGUUGCUGCUUUUGUGAAAUAAA